AUGUCUCUUCGAAGAGUCCAUACAACAACUACACCGCGACUCACCCCAAAAGGCAAUAACUUGCUUGUUCCUCCGCUCGUCGAUUCACCCCUGCCAUCACCGGUUCUUCCGUCGAUUGUCCCUAGCCACGGGAAAAGACCUCCAGGUUCUGGAAAACGCAAAGUGAUUCGCCUCUUAUUCUGGGGCUUAGCAACUCUCUCUUUCGUGAAAAUUUUCCUCCUCCUUGACUUCGGGGUUAUUUUAAACUUUACGCAUCAGUGGCUCGCAGAUAAUCAGGCUUAUCGACCAUCUGAUUUGCUUCCAGAUAUUCCUUCCCCUAUAAAACUGAAGAACUCGAAAGGCCGUCAGAAAUGGACUAUUUCCAUUCCAACUGACAUGAAACUUCCUUUGUCACCUCCGCAAAUAUCAGAUCUUUGCUCCCGUUGCAUUACAAUUUCUGGGCAGCUUUCAAGCGGCAAAUCACAUCCCUUCGAUCACUCGCCUAUCGGCGACAAUCAAAUCCCUAUUUGUGAGACUAGCCUUACUUUUGCAAUGCAAUCUGAAGACGCCGGGCUCGGGAAAACUUUGAUGGAUUUAUGGAUGAGUUACGGGCUUGCACGAAAACAAGGUCGUAGCUUCUUUAUCGAUGAUACGGAUUGGGCUUAUGGGAAAUUUUCUUCAUUCUUCAAACCACCUCCACGACCCGCCUGUCGCCUACCACCACCAUCACAAAGAGUCCCAUGUCCUCUUCAGGCACGACACCUGAUUGUUUCAUCUGCAAAUUCUAAUUGGAUUUUUGGUGAAAACUUCAAGGAACAUUUUCAGAGUUCUCGUUCAACUGCUGCAGAGCAGCAGAAGGCAAUUUUUGAUAUGGCUCGCAAUGGAUAUGAAGCUCUCUUCCACCUAACCGGUGAUGACGCAAAAUUUCUUGAACAACGAGUUCGCGAAUUGAAUAGAGAUAUUCGUUAUAAAGGUGGACUAGAGAUCGGUCUUCACGUUCGUCGGGGUGAUCUUCAUCCACUGGAAACUCAAUAUAGAGACUCUUAUAUACCCCUCGAUAAGUAUGUGAACAGGGCCGAGGCACUAUUCGAAACUCACUUGUCACAAGCGGCCGGUGAUAAAGCAUUGCAACAAUCCAUGCAAUCAUAUUCUCGGAUUAUCUUGGCUUCGGACGAUCCAGACAUAUAUACAACCUCUGAACUAAAGGGCGCAGAGAAGGCUCAAAGCUAUAUCUCUUUAGCAAGUAAGUCGGUUUUAGAUUCCGUGAGGGAAACAGAAGAUCAUUCCUUCGGCGAGAACAUAGGCUGGGAGGGUGGCUUUUUCAAAGAUUUGUUCUGGUCGGUUGGAAUAAGCAACUCCUACUCGCCCAAAGAUAGCCCAUUACCAUCAAACAAGGAGUCAAGUGAUCUAAGAAUGGAUAAUGGGCUGGAAGCCCUACUUGAAAAGGUCCGGUUCCAACCUUCAAAAGAGAUCCUUGGUUUGAGAGAGUUAAUUGGUCGAGCCUAUCUGCUUGAUUUGGCUGUGCUUGGCCAAAGUGACCGGGUGAUAUGUGGAAUAGGCAGUACAUCUUGCCGUCUGCUGGCUGUGAUGAUGGGUUGGGAGCGGGCCGUCAUUGAAAAAGCCUGGCAAAAUGUAGAUGGAAUCUGGGACUGGACAUAUAGAAUUACUACUUAA